CAACAACAGAUGAAAUAAGGGACUUGGAUAUAAAAAAUAAAAAAAAUCUAUUCUAGAAUAAAUCUUAUGGACUGAUGAAAAAAAUGUAUAGUCUCUUCCAGAUGGGUUCAAAAGUCUCCAAAUAUCUGCAAGACCAAGAUUUUUACACAUCCUGUGAAGCGUCAGUGUUGCUCUAGGGGGCUUACACACUUUUGCUUCACUAUGAUCAAGGACUGAGUCCAUCAAAAGAUUAAAGUCUCCUCCCAAUAUUAUAUCAUGAGUGGUGCCAGCGGCUUGCAGCAUCCCUUCAAGAUCUAUAAAAAAGCCCUGAUCAUCAGCGUUAGGCGCAUAAAUAUUAGCCGAAAUCAACCUUUGCCCCUGAAUUUCUGUUAAAACAAUAAUGACUCUUCCUAAUUUAUCUUUAAUCUGUUUGAGAAAUUUGAAUUUUAGAUGUUUACUUAUUAAUGAAAUGACUCCCCUGCUCUUACUUGAGCCAGCACUGAAGAAAACAUGUCCACCCCAUAUCUUACCAAAUUUUACAGCUUCUUGUGGGGAAAGAUGUGUUUCUUGAAGAAACACUAUCAUAUUUCUUACAUUUAAGAAAAGAAAUAACCUUUUUAUAGGGUGCCCCAACCCAUUCACAUUCCAUGUGGAGAGAGACAACUUAUUCAUAUUAACAUUUGACAUAUUGAUAAAAUAAAAUAAAAAGUUGUGUGUCAAAAACAAGAUUACACAGACCACAUUGCCCAUUAAUGCAACAGUCAAACCCUGAACUUCCCCACGAACAAAACAAACAGAAAAAAGAAAAACAUGCGCAUUAACCCCGCACACGACAGCGCCAACUGGCGUUAAUCCCUCUAAACUCAGAGUCCAUGUACGUCUACGAGAGCCCCCGCGAUAACUUUGCCAUCGGAUUGCUCAAGUCCGAUGCUUCUAUACAAAUUUUGUGAGGCAAAAUUACAUAACAGAAAAUACUUUGUAAAACAGACCCCAACCAACAGGCAGAAUAAAAGAAAAAACAUGUAGACUCAUUCACAGAACCGUCUCGAGGUGUGAUCCUCCGCAAAACAAACUCCAGCUGAUAUAAAGCCGUUCAGUUUCCUCGGACAGACAAACAAUUGUUCAGUGAGCCAGCUGUUAUGAGUUCAGCAGAUGAUGUAAUCAUUCUACUGUCCCUUAAAAAUACUCCACAAAAACAAACUCCAGCCAACAGGAGGCAUAAGCACAAAGAACGAACAGAUUUAUCCACAGCUGUUCCAAAGGAGUGUUAUUCAACAGAACAACUCCAGCCACUAGGCAGAGCCAGCACGAAAAACAAAACCGGCAUCCCGGUUCAUCGGAUGAUCAAGAGCCAAACUAACUCGGAGGCCGCACAAAAAAAAAAAAAAAAAAAAAAAAAAAUACACCAUAACUUACUCAGCCCGUCAACUUUAUAAAAGACGUCCUUUAUGUGAGCAUGUAGAUAUUUUGCGGUCAUCCAUAGUGUCCAUUCUCGAUCUGGCCGGGAACAUCAGUGUAAAAAACGAUCGUCCGUCAAUGCAAAAGUUUCUUGGAGUCAUGCCACAAAACAAACUCCAGCCGCUAGGCGGAGCCAGCACAAAAAGAAACAAAAAUGGCACCUAGCUUCCUCUGAUAAUAGAGUCCCUGAACCGUGAGUCAGUCCACUAAUAUAAGAAACAUCAAAUGGCUUACUCCAAUGUAUUUAUAAAGGAGAGUGCCUGUUUUGGACAAGUAAAUACUAUUGCGACCAUUCUUCGUUUCUAUUCUCAGUUUGGCCAGGAACAUCAGUGCAAAAGUGAUCUUCUGUUGGUGUAAGAGUUUCUUACAUUCCUUGAACCGAUUGCGUUUCUCUCGUCAAAUUCACAAAGUCCAGAAAGCUUUCCUUUGCUCCUCGCCUGGCGCAACACUAGAUCUUUAUCGGAUGAUUUCAGAAAUUUGGCCAGAAUUGAUCGGUGCAGUUCUGCGAGGCAGUAUUUCUUUUCUCCCUCAGCAGUUCUGCGAGCCGGGACUCUGUGAGCUCGUUCGAUUUCCAGUUUAUGACCUGUUAUGUCGAGAAGACUCGAAGAGCUCGUCCAGGAAUUUCACCAUAUCUCUGCCCUCUUCAUGCUCAGGAAUUCCAACAAUUCGUAUGUUAUUCCUUCAGCUUAUAUUUACGAAAUAUUCCAGUUUUUCCUAAAUUAAUUCCAAAUCUGUUUUGGACGCUGGCGGAAUAGCGGAUAAUUCCCUUUCCGAUGACUCAAGAUAAUCGAUACGUCUUUCAACUUCUGUCACUCUUGUAACCAACUCGGAGAAUUUGGUUUCCAUUGCCGUAAUCGAUCGACGUAUUACAGCGAGAUCCUCCAAGUCAGCAACAACCUUCGUCAGCAUUACAGAGAUGUUGGACAGUUGACAUUGAAUUUCAUCUACCGACGUGCUGUCCAAAUCGAUUCCCUGGUCCGCAGGCCCAUCAGAGGCCUCAGCUUGAACACCCACGUGCUGACCCCAUACCCAUAUGCAGCUUCUGUUUGGGCACAAAGGAGUCCAAUCGAGACAAGAGGCCAGAGGAGCUGCUGUCCUGUGCUGACUGUGGGAGCAGUGGCCAUCCAUCAUGUCUGAAGUUCUCUGCUGAUUUGACUGCAAAUGUCAAGGCUCUGCGGUGGCAAUGCAUUGAAUGCAAAACAUGCAGUUCCUGUCAGAUUCAGGGGAAGAAUGCUGAUGAGAUGCUCUUCUGUGACUCCUGUGACAGGGGUUUUCACAUGGAGUGUUGUGACCCACCACUCUCCAGAAUGCCAAAAGGAAUGUGGAUCUGCCAAGUAUGCAAGCCAAAAGAGCAGGAGGAAAAACGGUUGCUACACAAGACAGCGGCCCAGAUCAAAAAGCGAUAUGCAAAGCCAGGAAGGCCAAGAAAAAAUCUAGCACAUCCAACAAUGUCCGACAGUGGUGGUCCAGGAUCCGUUGAGCUGUCUGACAAAGAACGGCAUGGUAGGGGUUCCAUAAGCACUUUCUCUACCCCACCCUCAUCAAGCACCUUUAUACCCGCCACAGACGGCAGGAGUCCCACUGAUCCCCUCACAUCCACACCCACCCUCACCACGUUGCCCCCAUUCAACAACAAAACCAAAGGUCUCAUAGACGGGCUUUCCAAAUUUUUCACGCCAUCGCCCUUGGGUCGACGGUUGCGUGCUGAGGCGUCGGGCUCCACGAAUCAGCACAAGGCCAGGAAGCGUGGCUAUCGGAAACAGCGGCGUGAACCCCAUUCCAGCUCGACGGCACCAGGUGCAAGGUUAAACGCUCCAUCUAGCGUUCUCCUUACCCCCUCCCCUUCGCAAGGACACAGCCCCAUCUCACUGAACCCCGUCCAGUCUUCUUCACCCUCCUCUGCCCACUCUCCACACAGCUCCUCCUCCCAGUCUAGUGGCCCCUUCCUCAGCAGCCUCCCAGGCAACAACCAGCUGAAGGGACUCUUUGAUGGACUGUCUCACAUCUUUACCACUCAGGGACUGUCCCGGCAAAAGGGACUCCCCAGCUACGCACCGCCCAAGCGUACGCGGCGCACCCAGGACACUUCCACCUCACCCAAAACGUCCCUACAUCUUCAAGGAAAGAAGCCCGUCAAGGGUUUCGUGAGUAAAUUAGCAUCCCUGUCCAAUUCGGCUUCAGGAUGGCCACCCAAGCGGGGCCGACCAUUUAAGUCAGUGCUCCAUUUCAAGCAAACUCCCUUUUUGAGAAAGCACAAGCUGCUAGGCAGGUUUAGGUUUAAGGCCUCCCCACAGAGGGAGCACACCACACCAGGGAAGGGCAGAUUGGCAGACGGAAGUGUUAAACCUGACCCAAACCAUGCUUUUACUGCAGAUAGAUGCUUAAGAAGAGAGCAACAGGAAGGAAGGAUGAUUUUACUCAAUGACCAUGUGGCUGAGGAAGAUCUGAAAUUGUUCAGGCACAUCAAGGAGCUUACAGCAAAGAAAUCUGGUGGUGAUCAAGGACAAUCCCCUCCCUUGAUUGAGUUUGGGAAAUAUGAAAUACAAACCUGGUAUUCCUCACCGUACCCUCCAGAAUAUUUAAGAUUACUGAAGCUUUAUCUGUGCGAGUUCUGCUUAAAGUACAUGAAAAGCCAGGACAUUCUGCUGAGGCAUUCAAAGAAAUGUGGGUGGUUUCAUCCGCCAGCUAAUGAGAUCUACAGGAAGGGUAACCUCUCUGUGUUUGAGGUUGACGGAAAUAUCAGCAAAAUUUUCUGCCAAAACCUUUGUUUGCUGGCAAAGCUUUUUCUGGACCACAAGACUCUGUAUUACGAUGUGGAGCCUUUUCUCUUCUAUGUUCUAACACAGAGAGAUGACAAGGGCUGUCAUCUUGUCGGAUACUUCUCAAAGGAAAAGCUUUGCCAGCAGAAGUACAAUGUCUCCUGCAUAAUGAUCAUGCCUCAGUACCAAAGGCAAGGAUUUGGGAGAUUCCUCAUUGAUUUUAGUUACUUACUUUCCAGACUGGAGGGCCAGGCCGGCUCCCCAGAGAAGCCUCUAUCUGAUCUGGGUCGUCUGUCCUACUUGGCUUAUUGGAAAAGUGUCAUACUGGAGUACCUGCACAACCACCCAGAUAAGAGUGCCAGCAUCAGGAGACUGAGCCGAGCCACGGGCAUGUGUCCACAUGACAUCGCUACCACACUUCAGCAGCUCAACAUGAUUGAUUUCCAGGAUGGCAGGUUUGUGAUCAUCCGAAGACAUCAGCUGAUUCAAGAACACAUGGAAAGACUGAGAGAGAAGCCCCGACUUCAUGAGGUAGACCCCGACUGCCUGAGCUGGUCUCCAGUUUCAGUCUGCAGAAGCCCGUCCGUAGAACUGCAGAGGGCUGGGCCACAGGCAGGGGAGCGUGCAGACUGCAGUGUGUCGUCCAUGAACUUGUCAACAGGGAUGGGCUACACCAGCAGAAGACCUCCGCUAACCAAGUGCAAGAACUUCAGCAGAAGAUACUCAGACCCACUAUUUGCAAACAACACUAGGAAAGAUUACAAUGUGAGCGAGGAAAGUAGCAGUAAUGAUGAUGAUGAUGAAAAUGACGACGAAGACAUUGAUUCAAUCAAAUCCCAGUCUAGGCAAGGUCUCAAGAGAAAGCGGGCAUCAACUCUGCGACGGAAGAGAGGGCGAAGGAGAACACGAAUCAACAGCAGUGUUACCACAGAGACCAUCUCGGAGAGAACAGAGGUGCUAGAUGAGCCAUUUGAAAACUCUGAUGUAGAAAGCCCUCUGGCACAACCCAGCAGGAGGGAUUGCAGUGAGGAUGAGGAGAAGAGCCAGAGGGUAGCUGUGCGUCGGCCAGGAAGACCAAGGAGACAUAGAGAUGACAAUCACUCAUAUCAGUGUAAAGGAGGAGGGAAUGUGGAAGGUGUUUCUAAAGCAGUGAAAAAGGACAAUCCUCGACCUGUAAAGCGAAAGAAAGGCUGGCCCAAAGGUGUCAAACGAGGGCCUCCCAAAUGGAGAUUGAAGGAGCGCAAAAUGGGCUUUAAGCUAAACCUCUACACGCCUCCAGAAACACCAAUGGUCACAGUGGAACAGGAACAAGAGGAAGAGCAGGUUGCCAGCCCUGCUUCCUUCUCUGUACCAUGCGAUUCCGUCAGAGAUCCCAGACCAGAGGACCCAGAGCUGGACACCUGCGUUUUAGAGGCCCACAGCCACGAGCCGCUCGAAUCUCACAAAGUGAAUGAGGACGAGUCAACAGACAAGUCUGACAUUGUGGAAAAUUCUCCCUGUGUUGAUGAGACCAAUGAGACAACACCAAAUCAAGUGGACGAUGCAGAACAGUCAACUGAGAAUACGGAGGAAGUCAAGAACCUUAAGCCAGAGGGUGAAGAGGAAAGCAGGGUUGAUAAAGGCUCUGGGGAACGCGAUGAGGAUGAGGAUGAGGAUGAAGAGCCAGAACCAACUCAUGUGGACGAUCACGAUGCAGAUGAUGAAGAUGAUAGCCAUGAGCAGAGAAUGGAGGACCCUGAGCCAGUACCAGAAAGGGACCUUGCUGAAAACUCUGAGCCAGUUACAACUCUUAGUAGUAAUAAAGAUUCUGAAGAGCAGCCAAGCCCUGUUGCUGGACCUCUUCAGUGCUUAACAGAGAUUGCGUCUGAAAGUGCAUCCAGCAUGGAUGCACAUCAGGACGACACUGUGGACUCUGAUCAUCCACCUGACUCCGAAUCAGAGGAAGAGGAUAACAGUCAGAAGCCUGAUGAAAAGCAUAUGGGCCCAUUGACCCCUGCAAUAAAAGAGGAUCAUAACAUCUCCCCUGAGAUUGACAUGGAGACCGCUCAAGCAGUGCAGUCUCUUACUCGAGAGUCAGAGCAGGAUAGGCAAUUUCAGGACUGUGUGGAGACCCAAGAGGCCUGCCACAGCCUACAGAGGUAUGUACAUGUUGAGCAGAGUCCUCACAUGACACCUGUUGAUGACUGCCAGCAAUCCAAUCACAGCAGUCCUCUGUCUUCGGUCCAUUCUCACCCGAGCCAAUCUGUACGAUCGGUCAACAGUCCAGCCGUGUCCAUUUUAGAAAGCGGCUACACACAGAUCAGCCCCGAUCAGGGCACUGUCUCUGUGCACUCGCUUCAUAAUAACAUGGAGACCAGCCCAAUAAUGGAUGUCCCCUCGGUGUCAGACCAUUCUCAGCAGGUGGUGGACAGUGGCUUCAGUGAUCUAGGCAGCAUCGAGAGCACCACUGAGAAUUAUGAGAAUCCCAGCAGUUAUGACUCCACACUGGGCAACAGCAUUUGUGGCUCAGGAGCAGGAGCGGGCGCCUCCUCUCAGAGCAGCUGUUCCUAUGGCAACCUCUCCUCCGGUGGCAGCCACAGUCAGAGCAGCUGUGCUGUGUCCCAGCAGAUGGCCGGUCCUGUGGUGAACAAUACUGGCGCUUGCAGCAUGCUCCAGCAAACCAGCAUGAGCUCCUCUCAGGGAUGCAGUGUGAAGUCUCCACAAGGUUGUGUGCCUGAGAGGCAGCCCAGCCAUCCACAUGGGCAUGGACAUGGGCACGGACAUAGCCACAGUCAUCACCACAGCCAUCAUCAGCACCACCCACACCAUCAACAUCACCAACAUCCACAACAUCAGUACCAGCAACCUCUGUCACACUGCUCCAUGCCCGCCAGCUUCGCUCAGCCCAUGCAACUCCCUGACAUCCCGGAAUCCAAUAACCCAUCCAGCAACCUAGGUCUGUAUGAUCGAAUGGGACAGGGAGAAUAUGGAGGUGGACACUCAGCUACUUUCAGCCUGGCUAAGCUCCAGCAGCUCACCAAUACACUUAUGGACCACCCCUUGCCCUUUAGCCAUUCUGCCUCGCACUCCAUCACAUCCUAUGCAAACAACAACGGCUCGUUGUCCACACAGCUCAGUCCUCACAAUCCUGCCCUGGUGUCGCUGUCUCAGCCUCCACACUCAGUCACGGGUGGAGGCCCUCAGUCACAGGCUACUGUGACUCCUCCCCCUAACAUGACCCCGCCCCCCAUGAUGCUGCAGCGCAACAUGGCGACCCCCAAUAUGAACUUGGCCUCCUCUCAGAGACUGCAAACACAAAUAGCCCCCAAGAAUCACCACCAUCAUGCUGUGUCCAUUCGCUCCAAGUCAGCCCCUCUGCCGCCCCACCACCAGCAGCAGAUGUAUGGAAGGGGUCCUCAGACUGUAGCCAUGCAGGCUCCUGGUAGGACACUGGCUAUUCCACCGCGAAUGAACAUGGGGGUCAACCUCAUGCCUGCGCCAGCUUACAAUGUCAACUCGAUGAACGUUAACGUCAAUAUGGCACCUCUUAACGCGAUGAACACUUAUAGAGUAACUCAGCCCAUGAUGAAUGGGGGCUACCAUGGCAAUCAUACUUAUAUGAAUCAAUCUCCACAGUACUCUAUGCAGAUGGGCAUGAUGGGUACUCAGCCUUACUCACAACAGCCCAUGCAGGCCCCUCCCCAUGGAAAUAUGAUGUACAGCUCAGCAGGUCAUCAUGGUUACGUGAAUACGGGCAUGUCCAAACAACCCUUAAAUGGGCCUUAUAUGAGACGAUAAUCAGCGACCUGAAAAUGAAAGGGUUGUGAUGUUGACUUGAGGUAUUUUGUUUUCUUAUUUUCAUUGUUAAUGUUGGCUUUUAUGGAUCUUUCUGAAAGAACCAGCACUUGGUAAGAAUGCAAAAAAGUUUUGUUUAUUGGCUAAAUUUUAGCUUUUUUCCCAUAUUUAUGGGAAGCCUUACAGCAUACGAUUUAAAAAUGUAACAUUUGUGUAAGUGUAAAUCUCCCCUUGAACUGCAUUGCAGUUUAAUGGAGGUUACAUUCUCUAAGUUGGAAACUGCAUUAUGGAACCUUUAAAUGUGCCUGCAUUGUAUGUUUUUGGACAAAAGAGCCUUUUCAAUGUACCUUUAGCAAUCGCAAGGUUAUAUAUGUAAGUCUGUACUCAUGCCUUCAUUUGAUUUAAAUUAUUGUAAAUCAACUUUUAUAUUUUUUUAAAUGUAAGGUUAUACUUAGCAUGCUAUAACGUCUUUGUUAGUGACGGUGCAUCAAAGUAGUACUGUACAGUGUUGUGCUUAAUAGCAAGCAAUUUUAUAUUAAAUGUAUGGCCUUGUUUAGGUUUCCCUCAUAUGGAAGGAAAAAAUUAAACUAUUUUUGUUGAUUCUAAUACUGUAAAGAUUUCAAACAUUGUCAUGUUCGGCUUGGAAGGUUCUAUUGCGAAUUGUGUAUAAUUUGUUACUUUAGAACUAGUCCUUUACCUGAGGCAGCUUUCUGUUUUUAUACAAUUUUAAAGCAAUUUCUGUCACAAUAGCAAAGAACAGUAAAUGUCAGUAUUUGUACAUGUAGAAAUCUAAAUCAAUGGGGGAAGGGAAAACGAGAACAUUUCAAGGGGCAGAGCUGCAAAAAUAUUAUUAUGAGUGUCAAUUUACUCCAAAGUUGGUCUUUUAUGAAAUGCCUUUAAACUUACAUUUUCAUUCCAUCUGUAGAUUUUUUUUUUUUUUUUUUUUUUUUUUUUAUCUUUAUAAACCAUCUGAUUUAUAUUUUACUGAAAUGUAGAACAGUAGCCUUGUUGAUAGACAAAACAGAUGGCAUGUAAAAAGGUAAAUUGUAUCGUGUCUGUUUGUAUAGCUUAUUUUGUAGCCUUUGUACCUGUACAGAAUGGCAGUUUGACGUAAGAGGGAUAUCCUGACUGUACUAAUUAACAGAGCAACAGUCCUGUAUUUAUGAGUUACCUUUUUAGUCAGUCACUUAAAUGCUGUACAUUUUAGCAGAAAAUAAAUUAUGAUGAGCCACUGACAGA